UUCCUGCUCGACUCCACUCCAGUCCACAGAGAGCACGCGCCGCCCAAAACCCUCGUCCCCACCGCGGCGCUUCCGGCGACGGCCAUGGACACCCGGGUGCCGCCCGUUCCCAUGGAUCCGGCGACGGCCGAGAGGCUCCGGCGCGACGGCCAUGACCCGGAUGAGAUGGAGGCCGUCUUCGCCCGCGUGCUCUCCCGGAUCCACUACGCCCUCCCGGACCCGCCCGUCUCCGUCGACGCUCGCCUCUUCGGUCUCCUCCCCCACGACUCCGUCGACUGCGUCAGCCGCCUCCCCGACCUGCUCCUCCGCAACAUCGUCUCCCGCCUCCCCGUGAAGGACGGCGCGCGCACCGCCGCGCUCUCCCGGCGUUGGCGCGGGGUCUGGCGCUCCGCCCCGCUCGUCCUCGUCGACUCCCACAUCCUCCCCGCUGGCACCGCGGCCGCGCGCGCUGACGCUCGUCGCGUCACCUCCGCCGUCUCCCGCAUCCUAGACGCGCACCCGGGGCCCUUCCGCUGCGUCCACCUCACCAGCAGCCACAUGGAAGACUUCCCUGGCCUGCUCGCGCGCUGGCUCCAGAUCCUCGCCGUCAAGGGCAUCCAGGAUCUCGUCCUCGUCAACCGCCCGUGGGCGCUCGACUUCAUUAUCCCCUCCACGUUCUUGGGCAUGACCACCCUCACCCGCCUCUACCUCGGCCUCUGGAAGUUCCCCGACACGGCAGGCGUCAGGCGCUCUACCUGUUUCCCUAACCUCCUUGAGCUCGGGCUCUGCUGCGUCUUCAUGGAGAGCAAGGAUUUGGACUUCAUCCUCGACAGGAGCCCCGUGCUGGAGACGCUCUGUGUCCACGGGAAUCUUUUCAAGCUUAGCCUCUGCCUUGUCAGCCAAAGCCUCCGUUGCGUGAAGAUCACCGGGUCCUUCUUUGAAGAAAUCGCUCUGGUGGACGCCCCAUGCCUUGAGCGACUCAUUCUAACAGGUUGUUGGACCCGCGGCGGGGUUUGCACCAAGGUGAAGAUCGGUCAUGCCCCCAAGCUGCACUCGUUGGGGUACAUGGAUCCAGGAAGUCAUGUCCUAGAGUUCGGCAACACCGUCAUCAAGGCUGGGACGAAGGUGAGCCGAAGCACCAAGGUACCAAGUGUGAGGAUCCUUGCUUUGGAAGUGCGUUGUGGAGGCCGCAAUGAUGUCAAGAUGAUUCCGACUGUCCUCAGAUGCUUUCCCAACGUUGAGACGCUCCACAUCAAGUCUGAAGAAAGUGGUCAACCCUCUGGCAAGAACCUGAAGUUCUGGAAUGAGUCCGGCACCAUAGAAUGCAUCCGCUCGUGCAUCAAGCGGCUGGUUUUCCAUGAUUUCCGAGGGGAUCGAAGUGAGAUUGCUUUCCUCAAAUUCUUCUUUGAGGGCGCAUUGGUGCUGAAGGAGGUGGUGUUAGUGUUGGCCAAUGGAAGUUUCACCACAAUGGGGGAUAUUCGUUCCAAAGUGAAGCCUCUGAUGUCCAUGAAACGGGCCAGGGACUCCUCAAUCAUGGUUAAUACUAAUGGAGGUAGCAUUGGGAACUUCAAGAGAGCAUCCGACUUUUCUCUUCGCGACCCUUUCGGGGAGUACUGAAGUCAAAGGUGCAUGUUUAUUCAUGGCCUCUACCUCUGCAAGUUGUUAUGCUCUGUUGUCGCAGUAUGGACAUGCUCUGUUUUCAGCUUUUUGAUGAUCCACCCCGACCAUUGUUUCUGGAAACACAGCUAGCUUAAGUGUUGAAGUUAGUGCUACCCUUUUCGAUGAUGCAAAUGGCUACCAUUAUGUGGUAAACAAUAUUUCUUCUGUUGGCAAUUACAGAGCACCUAUUGUACUUGUGUUAAAUGUGAUUCCAUUAUCUAGAUUUGGUCUGCUGAGAAUGGUGUUACAUUGCAUAAUUGCUGCUAUAGGAAUGUGGCUUGAUGCUGAA